AAAAAAAAAUAAAAAAAAAACCAAAAAAAAAAACCAAAAUAUUAUUAUAUAUAUAUAUAUCCCUUUUACAUUCGUAUUGUAAAUAAAAAAAACGCAAUUUUAAUUUUCGUAACUAUCGCUCGCAUAUAAAAUGUCGAUUACAGGAAAUCCUUACGUCUUCAUCGGUUUCGUAAACAUGGUUGGUCUUCAUAAUUUUGUAAAGUCGGUCCUCCUAUAUCGCGCUGGGCGUGAAAAGUACUUGACCAUGUUAAAGGUUAUCUUUAACGCUAGCAUCACUGCAUAUUAUUUGAUUGAAUUACUUUACGUCACAAAUGACUUGUCUUUGGACGAAUGCAAGAAAAUUAGUUACGCGCAGAUCAUAUUUGGCUAUCUUAUGGUGCAAUCAUUGGCCGCUUACAUGUUUAAUCUUAUUAAGCAAUAUGAAUAUAACAAAUUUGAUACGUGGAUGAGUAUUGGAUUGCUUGUACUUAGAGCAGGAUUUCAUAUUGCGUACAUUUUUUCUAUUAAUCCACAUAUCAACGCACUUUUUAAUAGUAAUGGUCAAAUCAUCAAUCUAACUUUUUGUAAUAACGGGAUAGAAAGUGGAAGAAAUCAAUCGAUGAACUUAGUAAUGGUUGAUUUAUUCAUCGAUGCUUACGUUAUGGUUCGUUUGAUGCAAAUUUUACACAAGAGUUCAAGCUUUAAAAAUCGAUCGUUCAAUAUUUUUACCUUGGUCACUUAUUGGAACUUGAUGACCGUUUUGGUUGCGUUAUGGUAUCACAUGCUUAUGGGAUUAAACAACUUCGAAUAUUCUCAAAGCUAUGAUGUGAUUGCUAAACAAGCAUCACUUAUCAUUCUCUCUUAUCUCGUUACGAUCGAAACCGAAAAAAGAAGAUGAACCAAUUUUAUCAAUUUUAUUAAAAAAAAAAAAAAGAAAAGAAAGAUAUAAAAUUC